GUGGCGGCAAUACACCUUUUGCGUGAAAUUCGCAACAAAACCUCAUCUAAGAAGUAGUAAACGGAAGUAAGCAUUGACCAGUUUCAAUUUUCACGUUAGCGGUUAUAUUGUUGUUAUUUAGACAUUUAUUAAAUCAAUAGAACUCAAAAUAUUACUAAUUUAACUACACGGCAUUACAUACUUGCCCCAGGUAGUAUUUGAUUCGCGUUGGAGACAGGACUUGGCUGAUGUUGUCUUGGUAAAGUUAGCUGCUAACAAUGGCUGACUGUUUGGUUUUUCACACUCAAAUAGCCUCCAUCAUGGAGGUGCUAGCGAAUGCAGCCGUAGCAGAGAUCUGUAAACUCGUAGAUGACGACUAUGCAGUGUUUCGUUUGGAAAUAACUCAAAGCCGGAAAGAAAACAGGACAUUGCGGAGGAAACUACUAGAACUGAAGGUGGCACGUGAGCGCGCAGAGAGGACAACGCAAGAGCGCGUCCUCGCCAGUCGUCCCAGUAGUGUCAAGAUCCUCGACCAAUACAGAGGAAUGGCAAGAGGACAUCUCACUGAAGGCCACGGGAGCUUUGUGAAGCCAGCAGGACACAAUACAUAUAGAGAUGACCAACCAAUCACUGUUGAUGAGGGGAGUGGAACCUCAACCCAGCAAGUUAUCAUAAUAGAGUCUGCAGAAACAGAGGCUGCAGGUUCUGGGGUCAAGCUGGAGAGGUCUGAAAGAGAGGAGGACCCAUGGCACAGCAGAGACACCCAGACUCGGGCAGCUGUAGAGCCCCAUGUAGCCACAAAGGACCCCCCCACCAUCGCCCCAGCGCCGCCCAGGACCCGACACAGAAUCACGGAGGUCAGUGGAACGCAGAACGCCGUCCUCAAGUCAGAAACAGACACGGAUACUUUAACUGUAACACACAGGCUCUUACGCACAGGAUCUGACCACAGAUCAGACCCAGAAAGACUGGGGCUGGGGAGACUGGGCUGUCCUCCUGCUUCCGGCUCAGAGUAUUUACUUCACAGUAACCCAAGCCCGAGGACUGUUCAUUCCCUUCGGGACUCAGGUGACGCAUUCGAGACUGGCAAUGAUCUGUCUUGUUCUUACACUACAGAGAUGGACCCUGGCAUCAUGCCCUUGGGCUUAGAGACACUCACUGAUCUGUCUAGAGGGGACUGGAACCGGUACAGUAGUAGUGUAUACUCUGAAGGGUGCCUAGAUAAGAAAGGGGAGGUUGUAGUCGUAGAUGAAGUCACUGUGAAAGUGGAGGGCGACGCUCCUCUGACAUGGAAUGUAGACAAGACUGACUUAGGAGAAGGACACUCACAAGGCAGAGAUUUCUUAAAUUACAGGGAAAGCUUAGAGACAAAUCCAAAUGUCACAACCCAAUCUCCUUUACACACCGUCAGGGAUCGCGAGUCAGUGUCCACGUCGAUGGGACCUUCCAAUUCACAGGACCACGUCCUUUUCGAUCAGGUAUUGAACUCAAAGGGCCAAAAGGCCAAGGCACAGGGUAGAGGAGCAACAUCAGGCAAAAGUAAAGAGAAACGGUUCCUAUGCAUAUUCUGUAACAAAGGCUUCAGCUGCCCCCAGAAGGUGGAGAUCCACCAGAGGGUCCACACAGGGGAGAAACCCUUCGGCUGUACCCAGUGUCAUAUGCGCUUCGCUGAGGCUGGCAACCUGAAGAAGCACCAGAGGGUCCACACAGGGGAGAAACCCUUCAGCUGUACCCAGUGUCACAUGCGCUUUGCCCAGGCUGGUCACCUGAAGAGACACCAGAGGGUCCACAAAGGGGAGAAAUAAUAUAGCUGACCCCAGUGUGAGAACAGAUUCUCCAGCCAGCACCAUCUGAAGAUGCACCUGAAGGGCCAAACGGGCGAAAUGCGGUUCGCCUGUACGCACUGUGGGAAGAGGUUGUCAGAGAGGAGCUACCUCAGAAUACACCAGCAGAAAAACCAUUCCACUUCAUAGCUUCUGAUGUUUGGAUCAAACACUGCAUUAAAGACAACGAUUCAUUUUCAUUAUUUUCAGUAGAAAA